AGCCUUGCUGGCGUUGUCAGAAAAGUCAUCAGUGGAGUAUGCAAUACAUGUGGCGAUAGGAAGAUGAUGCAAUAAUGUUAAAUGUGUAAUUUUCAGCAAAUCAGUAGCGGCUUUAUUAUUUCAAGACCGAGUGAUAGCAAAUUAAUCUGUUUUUGAUAUAUUAAAUAUCGAGCUCUUAAAAAUGGCUGAAGAAGACUCGAUCUUUGACCCAACGUUGAAGAAGAAGAAAAAGAAAAAGAAGACAACUUUUGACAUUGAUGCUGCCUUAGCUGAAGUUACAAUGCCUGACAGCAGUGAAAAUACAGAUCAGAUGUCUACGGAUAAAGAGAAUUCGGAACCUCCACAAACUGACAAUGAAAUUAAGGACAUGGAGCUCGAUGAUGGAAACCUAGAUCUCGAAAAUUUUGGCAAGAAGAAGAAGAAGAAAAAGAAGCCAUUUAACAUGGAAGAAUUGGAUGGAGCCCUUCCAGAGCCUGGCAGUAAAUUAAAGGAGGAAGGGAACUUGGAAAUUGAUGGAAAUCAGGAUGAAAGUUUAGUAGAGGAUAGUUUUGAUCUUGAUAUGGAUUUCUCUAAGACAAAAAAGAAGAAAAAGACAAAGAAGAAAGAUUUAGAUGAAUUCAUAGCCGAAGAUGAGAAAAAGAAAGCCGAGGAUAAGGAUAAUGGCCUCACUGAGACUGAAAGGAAACCAGAAUCUGUUGAAGACAGCCAAACUGCAUGGUUCGGACAGGAUCGAGAUUACACGUAUGAUGAGUUGCUCACGCGAGUGUUUGACAUCAUGCGAGACAAGAACCCAGACAUGGUGGCUGGAAAGAAGCAGAAGUUUGUCAUGCGUCCUCCCCAAGUUGUGCGUAUAGGAACAAAAAAAACAUCUUUUGCCAACUUUACAGAAAUAUGCAAGACGUUACAUCGGCAACCGAAACAUUUACUUGACUUCUUACUGGCAGAAUUGGGUACUAGUGGUUCUGUGGAUGGGAACAGCCAGCUCAUUAUAAAAGGGAGGUUCCAGCAGAAGCAAAUUGAAAAUGUCCUGAGGCGGUACAUUAAAGAGUAUGUUACGUGUCAUACGUGCCGCUCACCUGACACCAUUCUGCAGAAGGACACUCGCCUUUUCUUCUUACAGUGUGAGACGUGCGGAUCUCGGUGUUCUGUAGCCAGCAUCAAGUCGGGCUUCCAGGCUGUCACUGGGAAGAGAGCUGCUAUCAGAGCAAAGAAUGCAUAAAUAUUGGAAUGUGUGUAAAUUAUAUUCUGAACUAGGUUGGUAUACUGUAAGUUUCUUUAAGAAAAUUUCUAAUAACUUCUUCAUAUUUUACUUAUUUGCAAUGGAAAAAAAAAUAAUUGAAUAACAGCCGUUAGGUAGAACGUUAAGUAGUUGUUUUAAUAAUCCAUUUCACAUUUCAUAAGUGAAAAUAUUAAAUAGUACGUGGAAUAUUCCGGAUGUUCGUUUUAUAUACACGCGCGUGUAUGUAACGGUUACCUCGGCCAACGUGUUCGUCAUUAUCAGACGCUGAUACCGGUAGUCUGUGAAUUCUGUUGUGUUGAAAAUAAGUUUUGAUUGACUGUUCACACUUGCCAGUUGUCAUUAAUUCUCAUAAUGGUGGUGGAAAAGUCUGGUCAAGGCAACAGAUCCACAUUGUAAUAUGUUCUUACAAUAAACAUAUGAAGGGAAUGUU